AUGCCUACCCAACACCGUAUCUUAUCACUCGUAUUUAACGAGUUCGAGGCGCUGGAUCUCUUUGGCCCGCUUGGCGCAAUCAUCCCACGAAGCGACUAUUACAGUGUUGACUUCGUCAACCUCCACAUCGUUACCUCAUCUCGGGGCAUAAAAACAUCUAUGGAGAAUGGACUCGGCAUUGUAGGAACUAUUUCACUAACCGAUGCCCUGCGUGAAGACCGCACUUUCGACACUGUUUUCAUCCCGGGCGGCUGCGGCAUGAUGCCACUAGUCUUGGACCCGAUACUUUUGAAUCAGAUCGGUCAGCUAGUUGAUCGCGCUGCCAAUAUAUUCACCGUGUGCACUGGGUCAAUUCUCCUUGCUGCUACUGGCCGCCUGGAUGGCCGCCAGGCUACGACUAAUAAGCGUCUCUAUGAUGAGGCUACUCCCAAGUACCAAGCCGUGAAGUGGCAGAAGCGUGCCAGGUGGGUCCAAGAUGGGAAGUUCCUCACUGCAUCAGGCGUGACGGCUGGCAUUGAUGCAGGAUUCGCUUUCAUUGCAAAUACGUAUGUGGCGCCUGAAGAUCGUCAAGCAGAGGCACAGGAGGUCGGUCUCCAUGGAGAGUCGACGCCUAUUCCUGGCUACAAUCAGGAGAAGGCUUUAAAGUUCACUCAUAUGAAUGCUUUUGAUCUAGAGUAUCGCUGGCACUCGGAUCCUGCUGAUGAUCCGUUCGUGGAUUUGCCUAGUGCUUAG